AUGGGCGAGGAGGUGAGAGGAGGUGGCUGGGUCCCUGGAGAGAUCCCUCCAGCAGGAGGACUGGAGGGGCUCAAGGACCUUUCCAGACCCAGGUGCAGACUCUGGAGGGAACUGGUCCUUGUGGCCAGUCUGCUGGCCUGUGGGAUCCGCCAGGCCUCCAGCCAAAUCUACAUCGCCCCGGAUUCACUCAUCGGAGUGGAAAGAUAUUCGAGCUCACUGGCCAUCGAGAACGCCCCUGAAGAUGUUCAGGAAUACAGCUGGCACCGGGGUGCAAAUGACACUGAGGAAAAUCUGAUUAUCAGCUACAAUGCCACAUCUCAUUCCAGGCGGGAUGGGCCCAUGUACAGCGGCCGGGAAAGUGUGUCCGUUAGAGGUACCCUGAGGAUCAGGGGGUCACAGUUAAAUGACACAGGGAACUAUACAGUGAGGGUGGACACCAUCAGUGACACCCAGAGAGCAAUUGGCUGGCUCGAGAUUCUAGAGUUGGAAAUCCCGCAAAUCUCGGUCAACACCACCUCCGUCGUAGAUGGUGAGGAUGUGGUGGCUGCCACUUGCUACACCAAUGACAGCCACAUCCACUGGUAUGUGAAUUAUGUGCCGGUGUCCAGAAAUUACCGGAUGACCAUCUCCCCGGACAACAAGACCCUCGUCAUCCGAAUGUUCAGCCGCUUCGACUCACCACUUCAGUGCGGGAUAGAAAUUCUCCCAGAGCUCAUUCAGAAAAGUGACCUCGUCUAUGUGACAGUGGCCCAUGGGCCCUACAGUCUGCAGCUCAGCAGCAGUCCCACUGACUUCGGUGGCAUCCUGUCUGCUGAGAUCGGCUCCCAGGUGGAGAUGGAGUGCAUCUCCUAUUCCAGACCAGAAUCCAAGUACCGCUGGAUGCACAAUGGCUCCUUCCUGAGCUUCUCAGAGAAGAACAUCACCCUCCCAAGUCUGACCUGGGACCAGAUGGGCAGAUACAGGUGCAUCGCAGAGAACUCCGCCACCCAGCUGACCUUGUACGAUGAAGUCCACGUCCAGGCACCCUGGCGCUGGCCUGUUGUCAGCAGAACGUUCACCAUCUCAGGAUCCUUGUUGAUGUUUCUCAUCAUAUUCACAGUUCUGGGCUUCACCCACUUCCUUAUGGUCCUGAUCCGUGCCCUGUUCAGACAUUACUCUACCAGGCGCAGAAGGAACAGCGCAGUGGAUUUUGGGAGUAGUGGGCAGAUUGAAAUAAGGGGCCGCAAGGACUGCUGGGAGCUGUCGGCCGAGGGCCUCAGUAACCACCGCUGCCUCAGGUGGAGCCGUCGCGUGGGGCUAUGGGAGCCAGGCCUACUGACCGGAAUCCUCGCUGUGGGCUGUGCCGUCCAGCCUGUCUCUGGCCCGCCCACCCCUCUCCCCCGGGUGGGCUCGGGGAAAUUCGACCAUUUUCCUGCCCUCACCCGCAACUGGAUACUUCCAGGAGGUCCCUACACUGUCCUGAAACCUGUCCUGAUAGAAUGA